AAUGUGAUGUGAGAAACUCAUCCACGGCAACUCAUCACCGAAAGACCCGAGCCAAGAUGCCAUCAUCUCCACCAAUGAAACGGAAAUUCCACCAAUCAUAAUAAUACCAUGCGAGUGUACAAAUACACUAAAGAGCACUGCAACAUCUACACCACUUCGUGAAAUCGUUUGCAAUCUUUCCGAAAUCGAGACAUCACGUCGAAACUUAAGAGCCCUUUUCAUUGUCACCGCGAUGGCCCAAAACAUCCUCGAUUCGCUCAAGGACGCGAACCUGGUCCCCUCCAAAGUCAUCCCAGCAGACUUCACCCCGACCUUCCACCUCAACGUCCACUUCCCCACCAAGGCCAUCUCCAACGGCACGCUCGUGCGCGUCAGCGAAGUAAAACAGACACCCUCCAUUUCCAUCUCAGCCAUCUCCCCCACAACAACAACAACUGAAACCCCCGAGCAAAGUUUCACCUUCAUGCUGAUCGACCCGGACGCGCCGACGCCCGACGACCCCAAGUUCGGCUACUGGCGGCAUUGGGUUGUGACAAACAUUCCUUUUUCAUCUCCAACUACCUCCAAGCAGUCCGAAGAACAAACGAAGGCGGCGAGCAUGGUGGACACCGGGAGGACACUGACCCAGUACCUCCCGCCGGGCCCCAAGGACGAAUCAGGGCCGCAUCGGUACCUGUUUCUGCUGUUUGCUGAGCCCGAACAGAGGCUGAAGCUUGAGAAGAGCGACGUGGGCGGCGAGGAAUUUGUCGAGAGGAGGAGUUUUAGGGCUGAGGAGUUCGUGCAGAGGCAUGGUUUGCGGCUGGUUGGCGUGCAGUGGAUGAGGGGGGUCGGGGAUGGGUGGAAGGGGCCGGAAUGAUUACAUGGUCGCGGGAUGACUCUGAAACUCCUAUUUGGAGGUUACCUUGAUCAACCGAGAGGAUGACUUCUACGUGCGAAAUUUGAUGUACACUAACAGACGGUGUUUGUCCAAGCCCCCGGGCGAAAUCGUUCACGACAAUGGCAAAGAACAAAGCUGAAGUGUCCCAUUCGU